AUGCAAGCCAAGAAGCGCUACGUGCUAGUGUUGGCAGCAGCCUGUGCCAUGCUGCUUGCGUACAUCUGCACACUGCAAACAGCUGAAACAGAGUUUCAAACCCAUAGAAAUGAGCUGCAUUUUCAGACUCCUCCACUGCACAUUGAGCACUCUUACCUGGACUGGGAGGAGCCGGAAGAGGAUGGGCCGCUGGUACUGCUGCACCGGGAGAUCCAAAACAACAUGUACAAGAGCCGACGCUGUCGCAUGGAAACAUGCUUCGACUUUGGCCGGUGCCAAGGUGCCUUCCGUGUUUACAUGUACCCGUUAAGGACAGAUGCAAGUCCAGGUAUCUCUGAGAACUACAGAAAAGUUCUGGCAGCCUUUGAGGACUCGCGCUACUUCACGAGCGACCCGAGUGAGGCAUGUCUGUUUGUGGUCAGCGUAGACACAUUGGAUCGGGACCGGCUUUCCCCACAGUAUGUCCAGGAUGUUCGGACUCAGAUCCAGAACCUGCCACUGUGGAAUGAUGGCAGGAACCACCUCAUCUUUAAUCUGUACUCUGGAUCAUGGCCAGAUUAUGCUGAAGAUUUGGGUUUUGAUAUAGGCCAGGCCAUGUUGGCCAAGGCCAGCGUCGAUGUGCAGAACUUCAGGCCAUAUUUUGAUGUAUCCAUCCCUCUAUUUUCCAAAGACCACUCUCAGAAAGGUGGGGGAAAGGGUUACUUGACAUCGAACAAUGUGCCACCUGCACGGAAAUACCAUCUUGUGUUCAAAGGGAAGAGGUAUCUUACAGGAAUUGGCUCAGAAACUAGGAAUGCUUUGUACCAUAUUCAUAAUGGGGAAGAUAUGAUUUUGCUGACUACCUGCAAACAUGGAAAGGACUGGGAGAAGCAUAAGGAUGCCAGGUGUGAUCAGGACAAUGAAGAAUACUCAAAAUUUGAUUACCAGGAGCUGCUACACAACUCCACGUUCUGCCUGGUACCUCGCGGCCGACGACUCGGCUCCUUCCGUUUUCUUGAAGCCCUGCAGGCGGCAUGUAUCCCUGUAUUACUGAGUAAUGGAUGGGAACUCCCUUUCUCUGAGGUCAUCGACUGGAGUAAAGCUGUCAUUAUUGGAGAUGAGAGAUUACUACUACAGAUUCCCUCCAUCACCAGGUCUAUCGAUGCAGAGCGGAUUUUGGCUCUGAGACAGCAGACCCAGUUCCUGUGGGACUCCUAUUUCUCCUCGGUGGAUAAAAUAGUCUUAACCACGUUAGAGAUUAUCCAAGACAGGAUAUACACACAUACAUCCAGAAGCAGGCUGAUGUGGAACUCUUUACCUGGUGGAUUAUUCACACUCCCUCAGUUCUCUUCUGAUCUCUCCCUAUUCCCCUUCUACUACCGAUUAAUGGGUAAGACCCCGCAGCAGGAGUUUACAGCUGUAAUUCAGGUGGUCACACCUCUUCAGUCUCCACAGCAGCCUGUCCUUAAACUCAUCAUCGCAGUUGCCAAGUCCAAGUUUUGUACACAGAUCAUCGUGUUGUGGAACUGUGACAAACCUUCACCUGCCAGAAACAAAUGGCCGUCUAUUACCGUCCCUCUCAUCGUUAUCGAGGAGGAGAGCAAGACGAUGAGCGGCCGUUUUUACCCUCACGAUGUCAUUAAGACUGACGCUGUGCUCAGCCUGGAUGAGGACUCCGUACUGUCCACCAAUGAGGUGGAUUUUGCCUUCAUCGUGUGGCACAGUUUUCCAGAGCGGAUAGUGGGAUACCCAGCACGCAGCCAUUACUGGGAUGCAGCCAAAGGGAGGUGGGGCUACACGUCUAAAUGGACCAAUGAGUACUCAAUGGUGCUGACGGGUGCCGCCUUCUACCACAGGUACUAUAAUUUCCUGUACACUCACUACCUACCCAGCCGACUCCUCUCCGUGGUGGACCAGCUGGCCAACUGUGAGGACAUUCUCAUGAACCUCCUCGUCUCAACGGUGACCAAGCUCCCUCCAAUCAAAGUCACGCAGAAGAAACAGUACAAGGAGACGAUGAUGCAACAGGGUUCAAAGUCGUCGCGGUGGGCCGACCCGGACCAUUUUGCUCAGCGGCAGUCCUGCAUGAACUCCUUUGCCGCGUGGUUCGGCUUCAUGCCACUUGUUCACUCUCAGCUCCGUCUGGACCCGGUUCUGUUCAAAGACCAGGUUUCCAUCCUACGUAAGAAAUACAGGGACAUCGAGAGGCUGUAGGGCUGACCCGGAGUCCCUCGGACCAACUCGAACAUCGUCUAGAAACUUUUUAUCGAGAGAUGUGCUGAUCUCAGAAACCUUAUGUCUGCAAAGUAAUUUAAUAAAAUAAUAUAUGCAACCCUGGAUCUUUUAUUGUUCGGUGACUCUGGUCGGAGUCACUGUGGGUAUUUGAGAAUCUAGCAAUGCUGCUGUUGUUGUUGUCGUUAAUAUUGUCAUUUGCAGAGACUGCAGCCUCUCCAGAAGAAAAGAAAAGUCUGAAGUUUAGGCCCCAGGGAGGAAGCCAAACUUGCCGAUGCCUGUAAUAUGUACUUUCAGUUCUUUCAUUUUUUGUACUUUUUUUUUUUAUAAAAAAGACGUCUGAAGCUAAAUAAAAUCUCUG